AAUAAUAGCAAAAACGACGCAUAUUGUAAUCGUCUCACGCAGUUAGAUGAGGAGAAACUAAUUUUCAAGGGAAUCAUGGCUUCUACAGAAUCAAUACUGCCAAUAUCUUCUUUAUUUAGCUACUCAAAUCCAGCCUCUCACAAUGGACAUAUCCCGAUACGACACUUAUCACCAUUUUCAUCUUUGAAUAACAAAUUUCAUCCGACCUCGCACAACACAAUCACAUCAUUCUCGCGCAAUUACCAUAAUCUCAACAAGUCGAGAAAGCGCUCGGAAACUUUUGAGAAAUCAAAAAAAUGCGAAUUUAAUAAAAUGGACGAUGAAAGAAUAAUUUCAACAAAAAUAACAUCAUCUACCACCAAAUUAGACAAGUCUGGUAUAAUCACGCAGGUCUUUUUAAAUGACGAUAGUUUUUCCACCCGAUUAUUUAUAAAUCCAAUGUCACCAAGUGAAUUUUCAUGGAGCCCAGCUUCUGAAAGUUCAGCCGAGGAAGAAAUUGAAUUAAAUGAACCAAGUAAACGCGAUUUUAAAGAAGAAAUUCUAGGUAGACGACGUCUUUCUGGUCCAGCAACGCGUCUCAGAGGACAUAGAUACAAUGAAGACAACGACAAAGAGAGAGAAUAUUACGAGGCUAGAGCAGCACCGAUCCCAGAACUUGAAGGUUAUUACCCUCCCAAAUCAAAAACCACUAAUGAUACGCGUGUAGAAUUAAAAACAUCACCUUCCAAAUACGAAGUAUUGGCAAAAUGGUCCACGGCGCAGCGGAAAUCUUUUCUUGUAAAUUAUCUUAAAUACGGAAAAAACUUCAAACAUAUUGGUUUGGUCUGCAAAAAAUCCAUGAAAGAAGUAGUAGAAUUUUAUUAUUUAUUUAAGCAUACAGACGAAUUUCGCAUAGCUAAAUCAAUGCGCACAGACGAAGAUGCAUAUUAUGCAAGAUUAAUGAAGAUAGAAAAUCAAGCACGAACUUUAAAAAAGACUGCAUUGGUUGGUGGUAGCAUAAAUCAUACACGAAAAGGAAAGAAGAAAAAGAAGGCAUCGCGCUAUUGA